CCCAGCCAAGGGACCCAGAGCAGGAACCCUUCACUGGGUAGCUUCACUUCCCAAUUUGCUUCAACACCGCCAGAAUGACCUUCUCACCCUUACUCCACCCGAUUGUCCGAAUGGGAGACGCUCUGCUAGGGCAAUUUGCACGGAUGUUCGUGCUUCUACUGGGCUUUCUAGCGCCGAGUAUGUCCAAGAACAUCAGCUGGGAAUACAAUACCGAAGACGUAGGCCCCAUUGUGCCGGAAUGGGGUGGACCUUCAGCUUCCGAGAAGCGCAGCUCACGUCCAGCGGAAUUUGCAUAAGCCACAGCAACGUGCACACAUCGCAACUUAUGAGCUGGAUCAAAUGUUCUGUUAGCGUUAACAAAAAAAAGUAUACUUUCAUUACUGGUUGUUUAG